AUGACCGACCGACCGCAAAAUCUCACACUUACCGAAGUCAUUCUGCCUCCGGAACACCUCAAAAUCGCCUCGCGCAACCCGGAAAACCACCCGGUCUCCGUGAUCCAGCGCAUCGCGGCCCAGCCCUACCUCGAUCCAGCAUCUACCACCACCAGUCGCCGUCGACCAGCCUUUAUCUGUGGACCCAUGGUGCGCUACUCCAAGCUCCCAUUUCGCGAAAUUGUGCGCCAUCAUAAUGCCGACAUUGUCUACACACCUAUGAUUCUUGCUCGUGAGUUUGUGCGCCACCCCUUUGCGCGUGACUCGGACUUUAGCACAAACGCGGCCGACGCGCCAGUCAUUGCACAGUUUGGCGCAAACAACCCCAAGGACCUUGUGCGCGCAGUCCAGCUUAUUCGCCCAUAUGUUGACGGAAUCGGACUCAACUGUGGGUGUCCCAUUAAGGAUCAAGUCCGUGAGGGCAUUGGUGCCGCACUCAUGACCAAACCUGAUCUUGUUGCAGAAAUGGUGGCCGCCGUUAAAGCUGAGUUUGGCCCUGGGUUUUGUGUUGAAGUCAAAAUUCGUAUCCACAAAGAUCUCAAAGAUACCGUCGCCAUGGCAUGCAAAGCUGAAGCUGCAGGUGCAGAUUUUAUCACCGUCCAUGGGCGACAGAAAACUACGCGCUCGUCACAACCCGCCGAUUUUGAGGCCAUCAAACUCGUCAAACAAAGCGUAAGCGUCCCCGUGGUGGCCAACGGUGAUGCGUUUAGCGUCGAGGAUGCUCUUUACAUAGCCGAUGUCACUGGAUGUGACGGUGUCAUGGCGGUACGCGGGAUUCUCGCCAACCCUGCCAUGUUUGAUUUGGCAAGCUACAAGCGCCGGACGCUAUGGUAUCAGCAGCCCCAAAACAAGGAUUUACGGAAGCCAGCACGCAGAUUAAGUCAAUCCAAUAUUACCAAGUUCCCCUUUGGUCGUCAUACAAAUGAUCCCCAAGGAUCUCAAACCCAACUAUCACAAAAACAACUGGUUCUUAAUGCUGUUAUCCCCACAGAGUCCCAGCUAUUAGUUGAUGGGCUGCCUGUUCUAAGCACAGACCUUAAGAACGUGACGCCGUGGGCCACCGUUGAACGGUUUUGGGACCUAGUAACUGCUUACGGGUUACCGUUCCGUGUUGCACAGCAUCACUUUUCCGAAAUGCUUGAGGGCUCUGUGACCAAGCGCCAGAAAAAAAUUAUGAAUGAUACCCACAACAUGGCCGAGCUGUUGGCGUGGUUCGAUUCACGGUUGGAUUUACGACGACCAAAGGAGCCAGGCUUUGGAGAGCACAGAGAGUUCCCCUGGCGUGAGGAGUUUUUGGAACGCGAGAGCCAGGAGAUAAUAGAAGAGGAAGGAAAAGAAGAAGAAGAAGAAAAAGCGGAAAAGAAAAAAAUCACUGAACUGGCGGAGGAUUUGGAGAAGCUGGCGGUGGCUUGA